CAAAUAGAUGUCAUUUUUAGUAUAACCUCACAUUUUACGGUUUUGAAUUUUACAAAAAAUAAGCAAAACUAAAAGCUAAUCUCACAGGAGAAUCACUAUUACAGUCUUUAUUUUGCUGAAAUAUAUUGUUGGUUAGGUUUAUCGAAAAUGUUAAAAUUAAAACCAAUAUUAUCUCACUUACCUUUAAAGCGACUCUUAUCAACUUUAUCAUCCCACGUCCUGGAACCUCUAAAUAAUAGAACUCUAAUUCGGGUAUCAGGACCCGAAGUUUCAAAUUUUCUUCAAGGAUUAAUCACAAACGAUAUUGAACAUAUCAGUUCAGGACCCAGUUGCAUGUACACAAUGUUCUUAAAUAGCGCAGGUCGAGUUCUUUACGACGCUAUUGUUUAUCGUAGUUCCGAAAACAAUACGUAUUUAGUUGAAUGUGACACUAAAUCAGAAGAUAUUUUGCAAAAGCAUUUAAAACUAUACAGAGUCAGGCGUAAAAUCGACGUUACAAGUUUAACUGAUGAGUUAAAAAUUCAUGUUUUACUUAAUACCAACAACUUUGACUUAAAUUCAAAUCAAAAAUUAACUAAUCGACCACUGGAAACCCCAUUUAAAGUUCAUAAAGACAUGUGGAUUUACCGCGACCCAAGAGUUGCAAAUUUAGGUUUUCGAUUAAUUGCAAAAUGUGGCGUUAAUGUCGCUGAACAACUUGGUGAUACUUUUAAAAUCGCGGAAAAUUCAUCUGGCAAAAACUACCGUUGGUUGCGAUACAGUUUAGGGGUAGGAGAAGGAGUUGAAGAUUUGCCUCCAGGAGAAUGUUUCCCUCUUGAAUGUAACUGUGAUUAUUUACAUGGUGUUAGCUUCCAUAAAGGUUGUUACGUGGGGCAGGAACUAACAGCACGAGUAUAUCACACUGGUGUGGUCAGGAAACGUUUGAUGCCUCUUCACUUUACCAAAAUACCCACAAAAUAUCCAGACGAAAAAAUUGUUCAAGAAAAUGUUAAUUUAGGAAAGUUGAGAGGCAUAGAGGGAAAUGUAGGACUGGCCUCGCUGAGAAUAGCAAAAACAUUGGCUUUCAAGGAGAUUAAAUUGGGAGAUGGAGCUGCGGUGACCUUCAGACCUAGUUGGUGGCCCCAAGAGGCACCUAAGGAAAAAAUUAAGUGCGCAUAAGUUCUAGCUAAAAAAGUGACAAAAAUAAAAUCAAAUGGAAAUAAGUGAGAUGAAGGAGAAGCACCUAAGAACUGGAAAGUAAAAAUAAAUAUUAAAUCAGUUUUUGUAGUCCGUAUGUACAAAUAAAUAAUCAUUGACCCGAAUUAAUUUAUUCACGAUCAUUCCUUGUCCA